AUGGCCGAUCCGUCCCACUUCACUGAUCCCUUUUGGGAACCCCAGGAUCAGAUCCCUGCUGAAUCCGAUGCUCAACCCCAAGCUAGCCCCUACAAAACUGCCAAUCUUCUAUGCUCGCUCUCAUCCUCUUGGGAGACUACCCCCGUUGGGAUUGAAUUUGUCGUGGGAGGGCUGGGUACCAUCGCUGCCAAAGCCACUUCCCCCGAAGAAGGUGUAACAUUUACCAUUCGCCCCCAGGACCGGAAGAAACAGCCAACUCUGAAGCUUGAAAUCACAAAGACCGACUGCGUCUUAUCAAAGAAAGAGAAGGAUGCAGAUAAGUUUGUCAGAUAUGAUGAAAAGCUGAAGUUUGAGCCUGGCGAGGAGAGGAACAAGUUUAAUGAUGUUGUCAUGUUUCCGAAAGGAAAGGCUUCGGCUUUGCUUGACACAUUGACCAAGAAGGCGACUUAUUGGAUCUCUGUUGACAGAAGUAACGCUCGAAUUCGGUAUGGUCAGCAUCUGGUCAACAAUUCCAUGACUUUUAUGGAGAUCCAGUUUGUCAAAGAGAAAGCUGCCUGGAUGGAUAACCUCGUUUCUACUGAAGUCGAGCAAGAUGGUUCGCCGAUUUCGAACAAAGAUAUUGUGUUCAAGCCGCAGCCCGUCACGGUUGAUCUCCCACCUGUGGUGAUCCCCGAAUCGGAAAUGACUCUAGAGAUACUGGAGUCACUAUCGGCCAUGACUUUCGCCAAUCUCCCCAAGGCCUGCCAGAAGUUGUAUCACAAUAUUUCUGGUGCCAAGAUCACGGCUAGACCGUCUUCAUUCCCCCAGCUUCCUGAAGCUAUAGACGAGAGCUGCAGGGACGAGAAGAAGUACUGUGGUAAUAUACUGAAGGGAAAAGACACUUUUGGAGAUCCCCUUGAGACAUAUCUCCGUAUCACGAUUGGUGAUAACCUGGCCGAUUCACCUGGUAUUCCCUACGUAAUGGAGAUCUGGCCCCCAGGCCACAAAUCACCCAUCCACCAACACGGCGACGCUUCAGCAGUGAUCAGAGUCCUCUACGGCAAGAUCCAAGUUUCUUGGUUCGACAAGGUCGAGGAGGGAAGUCCGUCACAGCUGAUUGGCAACCCAGUCAUUCUUGAAGAAGGCAAGGUUACUUGGCUAGGCAAAGAUCAGUAUCAAGUUCAUCAGCUUGAGAAUACCUCGGAUACUGUCUGUAUCACUCUUCAGUGCUAUCAGUUCGACGAUGAUGAUAGGAUUCAUGAUGAGGCGUUUUAUUGGAAGGACGAGGAGGGGCAUAGGAGGAAGUUUAUUCCGAAUAGUGAUAGGUCUUAUGGGCAGUUUGUGCAGGAGGUCAAGGCUGAAUGGGAUAAGUCACACUGA